AGAGGAGUGGCAGAGACAAACAGAAGGAGGCUCAUAUAAAGCAGCUCUGUGCUCUUGAUUUUGGAGGACUUAGUUUAACAACACUAGAGCUACAGCUUAUUAAAAAAGGAGCAUUACAUUUAUUUACCACCUAGGUUUUGUGAUACAUUUUUUACCUGGGAUUUAUUGCUGGCUCCAUGAAGAAUCCACAAACUUCUAAAGAGGUCUGACACCAAGUGUGUUGAAGACAUCAGGAAUCCUAGUUUUUAAUAUCAUUCUUCUUCCUUAACCCCGAGACAUGGGGCUCUGGAUCAUCCUUCCCAUCUCACUAACACUGGUGUCCUUCAUUGGAACAUGGAGCAUAUAUGGCAUGGCCUACUCCAACAAUCAUGUGUGUUCACUCAGCAAUUGGAGUGGCAAAAAUGUUUGUCGAGGGAACGAGACCAAAGGAUGCUGCUUUGUUCCUACAAUAAGUGGAAGUGGCACCUUUGCUCCAGAAAGCUCGCUGUUUACAGCAACAAUGAACGCGGGAACCUUUCUAUUUGUGCUGUUCACCGUAUUCCAUCAUGCCCACAUAAUGGAGAAACACAUGUGCCAUUCCAUGCUGAGCAAAAUGGCAUUAGCCUUUGGACUGGUGGCAGCCGCCGGGGCCUUUGCUGCUGGAAACUGCAAUCCAGGUGAUGUAACUCUCCUGCACUACCUCGGAGCUGCCGUCAGCUUCUCGUGUGCCUGUUUCUACACCAUCCUGCUCUGCGCCCUGACGGGGAAGUGUGUUCUGACCGGGUUCGAAAGGUUCCUCUUCCCUCUGCGCGUCUUCUUCGCAGUGGUUCAGUUCACUGUGACUGUCUGCUAUACCAUUUUUUUCGUCCAGGAAGAGUACUUUUACAACCUCCUGUCUGCAGUUUUCGAGUGGACCCUCAGUGUCAACCUGCAGAUGUUUGAGCUCACUUACGCAGUGGAGUUUUUCUUCUUCUCGUCCUUCAUGAUUUCAAACCUGCUGACCAAACGCGAGGAGGAAAAGCCCUUGAUAUUGCCCAUGUCCUGAUGUAAGGCGGCCAGGUCCCAGCAGGAAAACACAAAUAGUUAAAGACUUUGUAAGACAUCAGUGACCGCAGUGGCUGGACCCUGGCUGAAGGUUCAAUAGCGUUUUAUGUUAUUUUAUCGUUUCAGAUUGGAUUGCGUUUACUUUUGUUUCAUCAUCUCAACUGUUACUUGAAAAAUUUUUCUUUAAAUUGGGCAUUUCUGUUUCUUAGGUAAUGUAUUUAUUAAAACUCUCCCACUUUAACAGCAACAGAACAAAUCACAUACUUGGAUGGUACAGGGCCUGUCAAAAUCAUUCACUCUCUGGAACUUUUAAUAAUUUUUUUGUCGCAUUAACUAUAAACCUUUCUUUUUUUUUUUUGUGGGAUUUUAUAAGAUACGCCAAUACAAAGCACAUCUGAAACGUGCAGUGUGCGAAGGUAUUCAUAAGCACUGAGCCAGCACUUUGUAGAACAAUCUUUCACUGCAUUUACAACCACAACACUGGUGGUACGUCUCUACGAUGUUUCCACGUCUACAAAUUCAAAUUUCGACCCAUUCUCCGGUGCGAUAUUGCUCGAGCUCAGUCAGAUUGGAUUGAUAAGAAAUUUAAAAUCUUGCCACAGAUUGUUCUUUGAAUGUAAGUUUUGAUUUGGACUGGACCGUUCUAACCUUUAACUAUGUGUUGAUCAAAUCAUGCCACUUUAGCUGUAUCUGUGUGACUAAUUAACGCUCUCCUUGCCAAACUUUAGAUGGAUUGGCAUAUUUUUGUGAAUUUAAAGUUGUGCAAUAUCUGUUCCAUUUUCAAGCAUGAGAUUCAUCACUUCUCUCCCUGAUCCGUCUGCUGUGUUGCUUGGUCUUCACUAAUGUUCUCUGACAAACCUCGAAAGCUUUCACAGAGCCGGUUUUAGUUAUAAUGAGAAUGACUUUCACACAGAUGGACUCUACUAACUGGGAGACUUUCAGAGGUAAUUGCUUGCUCUGGAUUUUAUGUAGGGAAUAAAAGUGAGAAUGCCUGAACACAAAUGUCACACUUUGCCACAAAUUUGCAAACCUUCUGUCAGUUUCCUUCCACUUCUCAAUUAUGAAGUACUUUCUGUUGGUCUAUCACAUAAAACCCUAAUAAAACCCGUUAAAAUUUGUGGUUGUACCAUAGCAAAAUGUGAACAGAGUUGUGAAUAAUUUUUCACAGCUGUGUAAACUGUAUUCACCAGAAAUAAUUUACCAAAGUCAUCUGGCUUUGAUGAAACGGUUUAAGCCCGAGUGUGUGUUUUUUAGUGCAAUAACCUUUAGAAUGUGGACAGAGUGUACCAACAAACACAUUUUCUCUUGUAGCUCGGUACAGGCAUGACGUUUAGGCACUUUAAUAGAAUUAAGAAGUCAUUACAUGUGUUGUGCUGAUAGACAGGUUAGACUAUGAUGCUCUUGGAUCGAAGGGCGGAGUUCCUGUAACUACCAAAGAUCCAGUUUGACUAGACAAUUAAAACUGAGUGACGUUUUUGAACAAAGACUCAUGCGAUUCCUUCUCACUAAAAACACACAAACCUCAUCACCUCCUUUACAGAGGGUGUUGUCUGUGUCCUUUCCAUAACAUUACCUGAUUAUAUCUCAUCAGGUGUUUCAAGACUGACUUUACAGAGUAGGGUAAAUACUGUGGUAAACAAUUUAUUGUAAGGCUUUAGCACUCGUUGCAGUUGUUCAGAAGCAAAUUAAUCCUAUUUUGUUAGAUUGGGUUUAAUGCUGAAUCACUGAAAACUCAAACUCUUCACAAAAGUGACAACAAUAUUGUGGUUUAAUGCAAAGCACUUGACCUUUACUUGAAAGAAGGUAAUAUACAUCCUGGAAUUACAGAUAAUAAAGAUACAUUAUGAGCAAA